GACUUGGAAGAAAAUCCUCCACGGAUUCAGUGCUGAUUGACGCCGUGCCGCGCUGAAAGCGAUGGCCGAAGCCGAAGAAAAGGCCAAAGACGGACAGUCGAUCAUCGAGAUUUUCAAGAAGUUCGACACCAACAGCGAUGGUGUCAUUUCAAAGGAGGAGCUGACGCAGUUGCUGAAUGCCUUGGGCCCUGAGAUGUUUACAAAGGAUUCCUUGGAAACGCUCCUUUCCGCCAUGGACUCCAACAACGAUGGCAAGGUUCAAUAUGCAGAGUUUGUGCACUGGCUGACCGGUGAGGACGAAGACGAGGCGCACAAAGUCUGGUCUGUCACGAUGCCUGGUAAGAUGUUGCCGAAAGGCGCAUUAGCCAGAUUGGAUGCAAUUAUCGGCAUGUCGCCCCAUUUGUCUGGAAAUGUCACCUACCAAGAUGCUCGAAAAGCACUGGACAAGGGUGAGGAGAAAAGCGCUUUCCUGCUUUCAGACAAGCUUUUGCUGCAGCUAGAGGCGGAUGCCAAUCGCAUUGAUGCAGCCUUCAUCCGAUUUGACUACAGCGGAAGUGGCACGUUGGAUGCAUCUGAAGUUGCGGCCAUGUUCCAAUACCUGGGCUUUCCGAAUCCCGAAGAGGAUGAUGGAGUCAAAGCACUCGUCAAGAAGUUGGACAAGGCCACCAACGAAGAAUUUAAGCAUUUCGUGGAGGAGUUUGGAGGCUGCGAUGCGCUCUUCGAACGUCGACGUGCUCGAGCCUUGCGGGACCGAGCCACCACCAGUGGCUCAAGCACGUCCUUGAGCUCGUUGCCUCGGGAGGAGAUCCAGGAACACAUGCUGUGCGCCGGGAUUGAGAAAGAUGCACAAGCCUACUGGGAGUUGAUUCUGCCUCCCUCAGAGCUGGAGAACGUUUGUUUGCUCACAGGCUGUCAAAAGAAAGCCGUGUGCAACAUCCGGCAGAUUGCUAAGGUGAAUCACCAGAACGCGCUUCCGGUCUUGCAACGCCGUGUGGCUUCGCUCGGCUUCAAGGACAUGGAUCUGUGGACCACCCUGUCAUGGGUCCGCGACUUUGCGCCUUUGAUCAUCCACAUCCAUUUCGAUAAGAUGUGCAGGUUUCUCUUGGAGGACACGCACUAUCGUUCACAGUUUGAGACCGGAAGCUCCUGUGGCUUGAACAACCGUGAGGUCCGUGAUCGAUGGGAGCGCGACCUCUUUCAAGGCGCCUACACGGGUUGCCGUGACUUCGAGCGGCCCAAGUAUGGCGUGCUCAAUGUGCACAAUGACUAUCGCGGCGUGGUCCGCGCCAAGCAGUAUGGUGACUGCUACAUGGUUUUGAAAGAUGCGCGUUUACGCACCACCUUCUCUCCGGAGGACUCGGCGAAUCUGAAGGCCGAACGGCUCGCUUGCCUGGACUACUACGCACAUGUGCUGGUGGAGUACACCGACGACGAGCUGCGAGAAACGCUGAAGGUGGCCACCACGGGGAAGCUCGGCAGUUCGGACGCCAUUCUGGCGAAGGAGCUCAAGUACAAAGAGGCCCAGUUCCACGGCGAGGUGGCCUUCGCUCGCCACGUGGAACGCCUGGUGCUGCCCAAGGUGGACAAAUAUAUUGAUCGUGAGGAUGACAUCAAAGCAGUGUGCUCCAAGAAUGGCUGGGAGUGGUGCUGGAUGGAGGAGGAGAAAGAACGGCGAGAAAAGCUGGAGGCGGAAGAUAAAGCUUCGGACGACAAGAUCAAUGCCUGGAGGGCCAAGCUAAAGGCCAUGGCAGAAGGCCCCAACGACGACGUGACGGUGCCCGCAGGUUUCUGCAAGAAGGGCUGUGGCAAACCGGUCGCUCCAGGGCUCACGAAGAACGGCAAUCCCUACAAGACCUGCUGUCGAGGAUGUGCCUUGGGCUUCGGCCACGAUUUGCGCUGCGGCCUCAAGGCUGGUGAGCGACCUCCUUGCAAGAUGAACUGCGGCAUGUUGGCAGCUCCAGGCACCACCUCGAAGGGACGGCCAUUGGACACCUGCUGUCGUGGUUGUGCCAAGGGAGGUGACCAUGACGCCAGAUGCCAUGGAGACCCUGCGGAUUAAGGCAGCUUCAAAGAGACAAAAAGAGCGAUUUAAGGACAAAAGGAAAACAAAGCACUGG